UUUUCAAACGUUUCAAAUGAAAAUAGACACUUUCGAUAGUGACUGCAUAAUGCUGUAUGACGAAUACAAUAUUUCCGUUGAGAGUUAUUUCAUAAUCGAACCAGAUAUGAGACUGGAACAUCUAGCAGAACCCCUAACACAUGGAUGCAAGUACGAAUUUACAUUUUAUGCAGACGCUAUUAACGACACGUGUUAUAAGGAAACGCUGGAUUAUAUAAUAGAAGAUUGCGUCGAUACGGUAUGCCAGUGCGAGAAAGGAUCGCCAUUUGUUUUAAACAGCCUCGAAAACUUCUUGAACAGUAAAUAUUUAAUGACAUUUAACAAGACCGACAGAGAUGUGGCCGUGUCUCUAGAAGGAAUUUUCAAUCAAAUCUGGUAUACUAAAAGCAGCACAAACAAAACCGUAUCACUGGUUCAUCACGAAGACAUAACUUUCGAUAAUGCUAAUAACAUACUAAAGUUUCCCUUGGAUGUAGAAGCAGGUGAAAAAUAUGCGGUUCACGUCGAUCUGUAUCUGGAUCAUUGCAAAUAUCAUUUCCAAAGUGAAAUCGCAGUUCCGGUAAAAGAGACGCACGAAAAAAGAUACCUUUUCUACUCCUUGUUUCUGUUCGUUUUGACUGCUCUUGGAGCUUCUUACUACGUAUACAAGCAAUGGCCGAAACUGUUGUCCAAACUUCAAAGGAUCGCCAUGGUUAGGCGACAGUCCGAAUCGAGAGUUACUUAUUCGCAAGACAGGAUAGCGCCAGUCCCUCUAAUGAAAGAAGUUAUAAAUAUCCAGUACACACCUUUGGAUUUUAUCGACAACGCUCACAAAUUCGACAAAUACGAAAUACCGAAGAACAAGAUCGUCUUGAAGGAGGAGAUUGGCGGAGGCGCGUUCGGGAAGGUCUACAGGGGCGAGGUGUACUCUUUGAACGGAUUCGAAAACAAGCUCACGACCGCUGCUGUAAAAAUGACUGUUGAAAACGCCCCCGAUGAAGAAAUAAACGAUUUUUUGGCCGAAAUCCAGACGAUGAAAAAUAUCGACGCCAACGGAGGACAUUCAAACGUGAUCAAGGUUUUGGCCUGCGUGACCAGAGAGAGGCCGUACAUGAUGGUCAUGGAACUGGCGCCGCAUGGUUCAUUGAAAAAAUACCUGUCGAAUUUGAGGAAGCAGUGGGAAAGCAAGAAAGCGAAUUGUAAUAAGGAUGACCGGCGUUUUUUUCCGGACCAUAUGGUCGUAGAAGAAGUUAUCGCGUCGGAUAGAAUCGUAUCAGUAGACGAUAAGCUCAAAUACAGCAGUUUAUGUUUCGAAGAUUGUACGGGUAGUUCAGGAUCCGGUUCUUAUAUAACCCCGGACGGACCGAGGACUCCGCUAACUCCCAGUACGCCGGGAGUCGCCCAUGGGUCCAGGCCUGGAACGGACCAGCCAAAAGCUACGAAAACUACGAAACCUUCUAAAAGCCAGAAAAGUAUCCGUAUUCCUUUGUGUACUGCUGCGCCAUCUAGCCCGACGUCUGUUACUUCUAGUGGACUACCGUCAGUUACCGAAACUCUCUUGACGCCACUAGAGACCCCACCCGAAGAAGACAUCGACCCGCCACUGGAUAGCGCGGAACUACAAGACUUUGCGCUUCAGAUAGCCAGAGGGAUGGAGUUCUUAGAAAGCAUCCACGUGACCCAUAGAGACUUGGCGGCCCGGAAUAUCCUCAUCAGUCAGAACAAACUCUUGAAAAUAUCAGAUUUCGGCAUGUCUCGGACCGGGGUCUACGUUACCAGUUCGCGUAAGCGUCAGCCGCUGCGCUGGAUGGCACCGGAAGCCAUAGAAAACCGCCGAUACGACAGCAAGACUGACGUGUGGUCGUUUGGAGUGGUGCUGUGGGAAAUCGGCAGCCUGGGCGCCUUUCCAUAUGGAGACCUCAGCAACGACCUCGUUCUGGUCCACAUCAAACAGGGGAAACGUCUGGCAAGGCCAGAAGCAUGUACCGAAAAAGUGUACGGAAUGAUGCAAAACUGUUGGCAUGCGGAUCCCAACGAGCGUCCGCCUUUUAGCGAAAUUGCAAAGAGAUUGGCCGAGACCAGCGAUAAAAUUUAUGUGGAUUUCAAAAAAAUUUCGCCGGACUACGUAUUUCCACCUGUUCAAGAAGCUUUAAAGUCGGUAUAGCGGUCCCCACAUAACAAUUGUACGUUCUUGGUGACGAUCGGAUCUCAAAUACACUUGCCGUCAAAAUUAAUCGUUUAAAAAAUAUAUUUGCAAUCAAAAUUCAUAAAAAUUUCGAGUGGGUUAAUUAAUUUGACCUAGUUUCGUGAAGUGUGAACAAAGUGAAGUGACUUUAAAGUGUAAACGUUGCGUUUUACGAAAGAAAUAAAUUAUAAUUAAUGUCUGUA